AUGCGCGGGUCCGGGACACGGGCUCGGGCCAACGGCGGGGGUGGGAGCCGCGCGGGAAUGCGGCGACGGCGGCGGCGGGCAGCGUUGGAGGACGCGGCCUCUUCCCUGCCGCUGGCCGGAGCCCUGGGUGCUCGUCAGUGAAGACGGGCCCACCAUGUUCUAUGGGACCCACUUCAUCAUGUCCCCACCCGCCAAGAGCAAGCUGAAGCGGCAGGGCCAGCUGCUGUCCAGCGUGCUGUCCCGGACCCUGAGCUACAAGUACCGCGACCUGGAUGCCCCCUACUCGGGCCUGGGUGCCGGCGAUGACCCUGCCGAGCUGUCCACGCAGCUCUCGGCCCCCGGGGUCCUGAAGGUGUUUGGGGAUAGCGUAUGCUCAGGCACCCACUACAAGAGCGUCCUGGCCACUGGCACGUCCAGCGCCCGGGAGCUGGUGAGGGAGGCCCUGGAGCGCUAUGCACUGAGCCCCGAGUGCGCCUCUCAGUUCGUGCUGUGUGACGUGGUGGGCCAGGCCGGCGGCGGCGGGAAUGCGUGGCAGGCUCAGGGCUUCCGGGUGUUCGGCGACAACGAGAAGCCUCUCCUGAUCCAGGAGUUAUGGAAGCCCCGAGAAGGCUUGUCCCGGAGAUUUGAGCUGAGGAAGAGGUCAGAGGUGGAGGAGCUGGCUGCCAAGGACGUGGACACCAUGACAGCAGGGAUAAACGCCCAAGCCCGGAGGCUGCAGCGGAGCCGUGCCAAGGGAACCCCGGCCCUGGCCGCAGGGGGCGCCCGGAGCCCUCCUCCACCACCGCGGCUGCGCCGCACAGUCAGCGAGACCAGCCUGAGCUCGGCUUCCACCCGGGACCCCGAGGAGCCUGGCCGGGACGCCAUGCGCUGCUCCCUCUAUGAGUCACCCCACCUGCUGCUCCUGCAGGGCUACAGCCAGCAGCACGACAGCCUGGUGUACGUGCUCAACCGAGAGCGGCACACGGUGGGCCAGAGGACCCCAUCCAGCAAGCCCAGCAUCAGCCUCUCGGCCCCCGACAUCCUUCCCCUGCACUGCACCCUGCGCCGGUGCCAGCCCUCGGGCCAGGGCCCGGCGGGGGCCCAGCUGCUGCUGGAGCCGCUGCCCGGGGCGCCCGUCGCCGUCAACUUUGCGGAGGUGGGCGCCCGCCCGGUGGCGCUGCGGCAUGGCGACCUGCUGUCGCUGGGCCUCUACUACCUGCUGCUGUUCAAGGACCCGGCGCAGGCCCAGCCGCUGCCCGCCCCGGCCCUGGCCCGCCUCCGGGCUGCGCCGCAGAGCUGCCGGCUGUGCGGCGCCCUGCUGCGGGCCCGCGGCGCCCCCGCCCCGGCCCGGCCCGCCCUGCCCAGGCCGCGGCCGCUGCGGCUGGAGUUCGAGCCCGACGUGGAGGACGCGCUGCUGCAGCGGAUCAUGACGCUGGUUGAGCCGGGCGGCGAUGACCACCAGCUGACGCCCGCCUUCCUCCUCUGCCUCUGCAUCCAGCACUCGGCCACCCGCCUCGAGCCGGGCUCCUUCGGGCAGCUGCUGCUCAAGAUAGCCCGGCUGAUCCGCGAGACCGUCUGGGAGAAAACCAAAGAACUGGCAGAGAAGCAGGCGCAGCUCCCCGAGCCGCCGUCUGCGACCAGCUUCUCCCUGGCCGGCCUGGCCCCUGACCUGCAGCACGUCCUCUUCUGGAUGUCCAACUCGGUGGAGCUUCUCUACUUCGUCCAGCAGAGGUGCCCGCUGUACAUGCAGAGCCUGGAGGAGGAGCUGGACGUCACAGGCUCCAAGGAGUCCCUGUUCUCCUGCGCCCUCACAGCCAGCGAGGAGGCCAUGGCGAUGCUGGAGGAGGUGGUCCUGUACGCCUUCCAGCAGUGUGUCUACUACGUCUCCAAGGCCUUGUACGUCUGCCUCCCAGCCCUACUGGAGUGCCCCCCGUUCCAGUCAGAGUUCCGGGAGAGCUGGAGCACGGGGCCCCCGCUGCCCGAGGAGCUGCGCCGCGUGGUGGCCGUGUACCAGGCCACCCUGGACCUGCUGCGGCGGCUGCACGUGCACCCCGAGGUCGCCGCGCAGGUGCUGGCCUACCUCUUCUUCUUCUCCGGCACGCUGCUGCUCAACCAGCUGCUAGACAAGGGCCCCUCGCUGAGCUGCUUCCACUGGCCCAGGGGCGUCCAGGCCUGCGCCCGCCUGCAGCAGCUCCUGGAGUGGGUCAGGAGUGCCGGCUUCGGAGAGGCAGGGGAGCGCUUCUUCCGGAAGCUUUCCUGCACGCUCAACCUGCUGGCCACGCCCGGCGCCCAGCUCAUCCAGAUGAGCUGGGCGAGCCUGCGGGCCGCGUUCCCUGCCCUGAGCCCCGCGCAGCUGCACCGGCUGCUGACUCAGUACCAGCUGGCCUCGGCCAUGGGUCCCAUGAGCGCCUGGGAGCCGGGCGCCCAGGACGGCCCUGCUGCCUUCAAGUCAGAGGAGGUCCUGGAGUCCUACGAAAACCCCCCGCCCAUCGUCUUGCCGAGCGAGGGCUUCCAGGUGGAUCUGGAUGCGGAGUACCCGGACGAGCGCAUCUCCCAGCACCUCCUCUACCUCCGCCGCUUCCUGUGCGGCCUGCGGAGCCAGCCCGGCCCCAGCGGAGCGCCCGCCCGGCCUGAGGGCCUCCAGGUGCUGGGGACGCUGCUGUGGGGAGCCCGCGGCUCGGGGCGGCCCCUGCUUCCCCUCUCACAUCUGCCGCUGGGGCUGAGUUCUCUCUUGUCUCCCCAGGGCCUACACCACACCAGUCCCGAGGGCCACCCUGAGGCCCAGAGCUGCCCCCCGCCUUCCAGGGACCCCGGUGGGGGAGCCCAGGAGGCUGGCCUGGAGCAGCCUCUCCCUUCCGUGGGGGGUCCCUGGGCACAGGGCCUCCCAGGAAGGCCGCCUGGCUGCCCGAGCCACGGGGGCCCCUACGCUGCGGACCCGCACGGGGACCCCUCGUGCCUGCUCACACCCCCAGGCACGCCGCUCGGCCUGGAGCCUGCGGCCCCCGACUGGCCCGAAGGCAGCAGUGCCUGCGGGAGGGCGCUCCCGGAAGGGCGGAGGACGGGACCCGGCGGCCCACGGGGUGCCUCCCGGGAAGGAGACUGUGCGGCCCCAGAGGACGGGCCCCCUCCGGCCCCGUCUAGCCGCAGCUCCAGCACCGGUGACUUCUGCUACAUGUUCGUGGUGGAGCUGGAGCGUGGCCCCUCGGGGCUGGGCAUGGGCCUCAUCGACGGGAUGCACACGCCCCUGGGCGCCCCUGGGCUCUACAUCCAGACCCUGCUCCCGGGCAGCCCCGCCGCGGCCGACGGGCGGCUGGCGCUGGGAGACCGCAUCCUGGAGGUGAACGGCAGCAGCCUGGCGGGCGUGAGCUACCCAAGGGCGGUGGAUCUGAUCCGACACGGGGGCAAGAAGAUGCAGUUUCUGGUGGCCAAGUCUGACGUGGAGACGGCCAGGAAGGUCCGCUUUCGCACGCCGCCCCCCUAGGCGCCCUGGGCGGUGGGCCGCCCGCCUGCACCUGGGUCCCGCGGGCACGUCUCUUCUGCCAGGCUGUUCCUCGCGGGUGCGCCCCCUGCAGUCCCUUCGUGUAUGUUCUAUUUAUAUGACAUAACGUUGUGAUGUU